AUGCGGUGUGGCUCCAGCAUCAACGUGCUGUGCACCCUGGGGUUGUCACCCGAUCCUCGGAGGGCCUCGUUUCUCACAACUAAAAUGGGGGUGUUUUUCCUGAAUGUGCCAUUCGAUUCCAUCCUUGAGCGGCUGACCCUGAGAAGAACCGACCCUGUCACAGGAGAAAGGUCCCACCUCAUGUACAAGCCGCCUCCGACCAUGGAAAUCCAGGCCCGUCUCCUGCAGAGCCCAAAGGAUUCUGAAGAGCAGAUCAAGCUCAGAAUGGAUCGGUUCUACAGGAAUUCCGCUGAGCUGGAGGAGUUCUAUGGGCAGGCCAUCACCCUCAAUGGGGACCAGGACCCGUACACGGUCUUUGAAUACAUAGAGAGUGGGAUCAUUAAUCCCCUGCGCAAGAAAGCUCCCUGAUGGGUUAAGAGCACGGAGCAUCCCCCAGGGACACAAAGCUAAUCCUUCUUCCCCGACCUUCUGGAAACUCA